GGGUGGAGUCGUCUUCCUGGUGGAGAUGUGUUGGUCCUUCGGAGUGAUAAUUGUAUGCAGUUUGGUGCUUCAUGCGGGCAACAUUCUAUGGCUGAAUCCCAGAAAGCUGAGAAGAAAGCUCUCAGAGCAAGGCAUAACGGGACCGCCGCCGCGCUUUUAUCAAGGCAGCAUCGCCGAGAUGAGAAGCAUCGCCACCCGAUGCAAGCCCGAACCGCUCCCUCGAGGCCAAGUCUCUCACGGCUGGGCUCGCUCCAUCUUCCCGUAUCUCCACCACUGGGCUCUCCGCUAUGGCUCGCUGUAUAUGUACUCGACGAGGCAGCAGGUGAACUUGUGCGUGAAUAGGCCGGAUUUAGUGAAGUUUUUGAACUUACAAAGGCCUUUGGAUUUGGAUAAGCCGUCAACCCUAGUAAAGACGCCGAAUCCUUUAUUCGGCAAGGGCAUUAUGAGGGCCACCGGACAAAAUUGGGCUUCUCAGAGAAAACUAAUUGCUCCACAAUUCUUCCUCGACAAAGUUAAGGGCAUGAUGGAUUUGAUGGUUGACUCGACCAUGGCAAUGAUCGAGAAAUGGGAAGGUAUGAUUUUACAGAGCGAGGAAACAGCGGCCGACAUCUAUAUAACUGAAGACGUGAAUAGUCUGUCCGCCAAUGUCAUCGCAAGGGCAUGUUUCAGCAGUUCUUACGCGGAAGGUAGGCAGAUCUUCGCCAAACUGAGGACUCUUCAGCACGCCUUAGCAAGGCCCGAUCGAUUGUUUGGAUUCCACAAUCUUAGAUUUCUUCCUUCCAAGGCGAACAAAGACUUAUUGCGGAUAAGGGAAGAGGUCGACUUGCUGAUACUGAAGAGGGUUAGAGCUCGCCAGGAAGAAAAUCAGAAGGCUCUAAAGCCUGAGAAGGACCUGUUGCAAAUGAUCCUUGAGAGUGCUGAUGCCAACGGCGCAAUGAACGAGAAAGCAUGCGAUAGUUUCGUUGUUGACAGUUGCAAGAACAUCUACUUUGCAGGUCACGAGACAACCGCUACGACCAUCUCUUGGAGCUUGAUGCUACUCGCCGUGCAUCCCGAGUGGCAGGACCGCAUCCGCUCUGAGAUCUUGGAAUUCUGCGGAGAUCGGCUUUGUCACCGUGGUUCCCUAGACUACGAGAUGCUUCGGAAGCUUAAAGUUCUGACCAUGGUGAUUCAAGAGACAUUGCGCCUCUAUGGCCCCGCGAUCAUACUGGUGAGAGAAACCAUGACAGGGAUCAAGCUGGGAGAGAUUGACGUGCCCAAAGGCGUUGUCCUCUGGACAUCGAUCCCCGCACUGCAUCGGGACCCUGAGAACUGGGGUCCGGACGCCCUCGAGUUCAAGCCGGAGAGGUUCAAGGACGGGGUGUCUGAGGCUUGCAAGCAUCCUCAGGCGUACGUGCCGUUCGGGUAUGGAAGCAGACUCUGCCUGGGACAGACUUUCGCGAUGCUGGAGAUGAAGAUCGUCCUCGCCCUUAUCCUGUCGCGGUUCUCGUUCUUGCUGUCUCCCGAAUAUCAACACUCCCCGGUUUUCAGGAUGGUGCUGGCGCCGGAACACGGGAUGAGACUCGUCGUGAGGAAAAUCUAAAUGGCCAUGGAUUCCUAUUUCUCACCAUCAAGACAACGGGCUGAAUCCCGCGAUCUGUUUCAUGUCCCCAAAUAAUGAAUCCGAGGAUGCAAAUAGUGUAUAAG